GCUUCAUCUCCAAAUAGGAUGACCGUCGGCUUUUGUGGAAGGGACUGCAUUCAGCGCCGUAGCUAGUUCUGGGACACCCGGUUCGUUCAGUUUACCUGAGGGGAGUUUAAAAGCCAAAUACAUCGUUUUCUCUAGUGUGGAUUUCCGAUGGAUAUUCCGAUUUGAAGAGGUGUGAUUUGAGCGCGGUAUGUAACAAAAAGAAGCGCAUGAGAAAAGUAGCGCUCGUAUUGUUAUUCUGAAGCGAGCACCGUCUGAACUGCUUUUGAGAGCCAUACCUCAUGGAUUACUAACAUACAGAGCUGUGAAACCACUCCGAGGCAUAUCCAUUCAUGAGCUGAAGGCUGAGGUAAAUCUGUAGCAGAGGACCAGCAGCAGCAGCAACAGCAGCAGUGUUGGUGCGACCAUGAGGUCAGAGGCCUUGUUACUCUACUUCACGCUACUGCAAAUAGCCGGGGCGGGCUUCCCCGAAGACAGCGAGCCUAUUAGCAUCUCACACGGCAACUAUACAAAACAGUACCCAGCGUUUGUAGGCCACAAACCUGGCAGGAACAACACACAGCGGCACAGACUGGACAUCCAGCUCAUCAUGAUCAUGAACAGGACGAUAUACAUCGCUGCCAGGGAUCACAUAUACACGGUGGACACAGACACUGCCAACGGUGACGAGAUCUUUUUCAGUAAGAAAAUGACAUGGAAGUCCAGACAGGCGGAUGUGGACACUUGCAGAAUGAAAGGGAAACACAAGGACGAGUGUCACAAUUUCAUUAAAGUUCUCCUGCAGCAAAAUGAUGACAGCUUGUUUGUUUGUGGAACAAAUGCUUUCAACCCAUCCUGUCGAACCUACAAGACGGACACCCUUGAGGCUCUGGGGGAGGAGAUCAGUGGGAUGGCACGCUGCCCGUAUGAUGCCAAGCACGCCAAUGUUGCUCUCUUUGCUGAUGGCAAGCUGUACUCGGCCACCGUAACAGACUUUCUAGCGAUCGAUGCGGUCAUCUAUCGUAGCCUAGGAGACAGCCCGACUCUGCGCACUGUCAAACACGACUCCAAAUGGCUGAAAGAGCCCUACUUUGUCCAGGCAGUCGAUUACGGGGACUUCAUCUACUUCUUCUUUCGGGAAAUUGCCAUGGAGUACAACACAAUGGGGAAGGUGGUGUUUCCUCGGGUGGCCAGGGUUUGUAAGAACGACCGGGGCGGCUCGCCUCGCGUCCUGGAGAAGCAGUGGACGUCGUUUCUAAAGUCUCGUCUGAACUGCUCCAUCCCUGGAGAUUCCCACUUCUACUUCAACAUCCUGCAGGCUGUGACAGAUGUCAUCCGCAUCAACGGGAGGGACGUAGUGAUGGCGACCUUCUCUACACCUUACAACAGUAUUCCAGGCUCAGCAGUGUGCGCCUAUGACAUGGCGGAGGUGGCCAACACGUUCACAGGGCGUUUCAAAGAGCAGAAAUCCCCAGACUCCACCUGGACGCCUUUUCCUGAAGAGAAGGUUCCCAAGCCAAGGCCUGGAAACUGCGCUGGCACUCCAUCCAUGGAGAGGUACAAGGUAUCCAAUGAAUUCCCCGACGACACACUCAACUUCAUCAAGAUGCAUCCCCUGAUGGACGAGGCCGUGCCCUCCAUCGCCAACAGGCCGUGGUUUCUCAAGACCAUGGUCCGGUAUCGCCUGACGCGUAUUGUGGUGGACAAUGAAGCGGGUCCCCAUAAGAACCACACUGUGGUCUUCCUGGGAUCUGAGAAAGGCAUCAUUGUCAAGUUCCUGGCCAACAUGAAGAGUGGCUUCCUCAAUGAUAGCCUGUUUCUGGAGGAGCUCAACGUCUACAACCCCGACAAAUGCAGUAUAGAUGGCGUGGAGGACAAGCGAAUCAUCGGCAUGCAGAUAGACAGCAAGAGUCACGCUUUGUGGGUGGCUUUCACCUCCUGUGUGGUUAAAGUUCCUCUGUCUCGCUGUGAAAGACACGGAAGAUGCAAGAAGUCUUGCAUAGCCUCCAGAGAUCCGUACUGUGGUUGGGUGUCAGAUGGAGCCUGCAAAGAGGUGGUUGGCAACAUCAAAUCAGCCUUUGAGCAGGACGUGGAGCAUGGUAACACAGAUGGCCUGGGAGACUGCCAAAACACCUUUGUGGCGCUGAAUGGCCACCAUCACCGCCACCAUCACCACACCCUCUCACUCCCCACCUCGGCCCUACCCGAGGCCGCGGAGGGCCCCCUGGGGCGGGGCCGCAUGGUGGAGCGGAAGGACCCCCCCAUGAGCUCAGACAAAGGGGAGGACCCCUACGUAGCCGUGCCCUCUCAGACUCAGCCCGAAGCCAAUGGUGUGAUCCGAGAGAGCUAUCAGAAGGGUCGUGACCAGCUCGUUCCUGUGACCUUGUUGGCCAUUGCUGUCAUCCUAGCCUUUGCCAUGGGCGCCAUCUUCUCUGGCAUCAUUGUCUACUGUGUCUGUGACCACCGUCGGCGAGACAUAGACCUGACAGGCCGCAAGGAAAAGGACAGCCACCACCUCCACUCCCGCCGGGGAUCCAUGAACAGCGUGACCAAGCUGACGGGCCUGUUUGAGACACAGGCCAAAGAUGGCCGCCCCGAGGCGAUCCUCACCCCUUUGAUGCACAACGGGAGGCUGACACAGAACGGGAAGAUGCUGAUAAAAGCAGACCAGCACCACCUUGACCUCGCUGCUCUGCCAACGCCUGAAUCCACCCCCAUGCAGCCGCGGCGUAAGCCCAGCCGGGGCAGCAGGGAGUGGGAGAGGAACCAGAACCUCAUCAAUGCUUGCACCAAGGACAUGCCACCAAUGGGCUCCCCUGUCAUCUCCACAGACCUGCCACUGAGGGCCUCACCGGGCCACAUCCCCAGCGUUGUGGUCCUGCCUCUGCCGCAGCAUCAGCACCAGCUACAGCCUCACCUGCAGCAGCACCAGCAGUCCUACCAGCAUGAGUACGUGGAGCAGCCCCACCACAGUGAGCUCAGUAUGGGCCACGGUGUAAUGGACGACCAGGGGGCUACCCUGGAGUACAAGACAGUCAAGAGCCCCUGUCACAACCUCACCAUGGUGGAUCCAGACGGGGUGCUGCCGCCACGUGUGCCCCAACGAGAGGCCUCUCUCACCGUCCCCCCGGCCGUCCCACAGAUGGGCAAACGCCUGGAGGUCCACUCGUCAGUGUACGGGCUCCGGAAAGGAUCAGCAUCCGGUGCUUCCGGAUCCUCCGUCCUCAAGAAGCACAACACCAACUCAUCUAACUCCUCCCAUUUGGCGAGACAUCACAGCUUCAACCGCGUGGAGACACCGCCCCCUGCACCUCAAAGGGUGGACUCCAUACAAAUGACAGCACAGGGCAUAUCUCUGUCACGGCAGCCUGGAAUGAGCUCCUACGGUUCACUGCCUCGAACGGGCAUCAAAUAUCUCAAGCCUGAUGUCCCCCCCAAACCCUCCGUAGUCUCACUCUCGACAAAAGUCAAGUCCAGUGACUCCUGCACAUAGUCAGCUAGUUAUCAGUCAGUCCAAUGUGAACGGACAGUAGUGAAAGGUUUUUUUCUGAAAGAGAGAAAAAACAGGGAAUACUGUACAACUUGCAUCUCCUUUUAGUGUUUUUUUUGUUUGUUUGUUUGUUUUUUGGUGUACAGUACAGUGAAAAAUGCAACACAGUUUUUUUAAGAAAACACUUUCUUUUUAUAUAAAUAUGUAAAUAUUAUACAAAUGGUUGUCGUCAUUUGUUGCCGUCAUGGAGCUCACGCUCUGGCUGCCUCCCAGCUCCUUGAUAAACACACAUGGGGACAUGUGCUACUGAAACACAAGAAGAUGAUGCUUGUCCUGAAUAUUUCAUCCAACUGCGCCCUGUAGCAUCCAAGACUCUGGCUCUCUUGUUUGUGUUGUCUUUGGCCACCGGGACUGGACUUGAUACUUUAUCACGAUGGUAAAAAAAGAAAGCACACACAACAAGACAGCACGAGGGGAGAAUAAUCGUUGUACAGUACCUUGAGGACUGGGAAAUCUGAGCGAGUGAGCACUCAGAGAGACUGAGCUCGGACUGAAGGGACAGACGGCUGUUCUGUCAGAAACUGUGAAAAAGCCUCUCAGUGUUACAGCAAUCAAGUCCUGCCUGGGUUUGACUGAAAGCCUGGGCCAGAGGAAUCUUCUACUGUACUGGUUACUGAAUAACACAUGACUGUUAAUACUAAUAGCUUGUUGUAUUUAUUUUUAUUAAGUGCUUUUGAAAAAAAAAAAGACUGACUUUCUAGGCUCGGAGAGAGAGAGGGAGGACAGAGAAGAGAAUCUUUUAAUAUUAAUUAAUCAAGUGUGAGAAAAAAAAACGUAUUUAAAGUCAUUAAACUGGAGCCCGUAGAACUUUUCUUGAUGACUUAAGGUCCACUCGGUCUCACUGUGUGCUCAGUGGGACCUGCAGCUUGAGAUAUAUGUGACCUCUGUGAAGAGGAGGAGAUAUUUAUUUAAACUGUGCCAGACAGGGACUUUUACCUUCAUGGACCAGAAUUUCCAUUGUUUUAGACCAAUCAUAAAAAAGACUUCCUGAAUCUCACCCUUUCACUCCUCCAAUGAGCAUCCCCCCUCCCCUCCUCCCCUCCUCCCCCUAUCAGCACUGUGGUUUUGUGUGAGUCAGUAACAUUUGUCCUGAUUGGUUGCUGGCUUUACCGGUGCCAUCAAAGCUCACUGUUGCAUGUUGCAAAUAUAAGAGAAGCAGCUGCAGCAACAGAACGGGAAUCUGCAUACACACAUACAAAAAGAAGCUGUAAGUGACGCUGCGAGCAAACGGAGCGGUGCCUCCAUCUGGGAUCGUCUUUUCUAGCAGCGCCACGCAGACAAGCAGGUGAAAAAGAAAAAGUACGAAAAACAUCUGUAUUGCCUGCUUCUUUUUUCCACAUGUAAAUUUGUGCCUUACACCCUAAAGUAGUGACAAUGUUUUCUUUAAUAGCUGUUAACUUUGUCUCCUUGUAGUAUUUUUUUAUUUUUCUUACGUCAUGAUAUUUCCCUGGUUUGAUAAAAAUGCAAUUAAAGAAUGUAGGUGUUAUUGUUGUAAUUCUGGUCCCUAGACAUAACACACUUACAGUCCAGAGGAAAGAGCGAAAAGGAGGAUUUCUUCUUUCACUCUUUCACUCUCACACACACCCACAUACACACACACAUGCACACAUACACACUCAUCUUUGUGGUUCAUUUCUGAUUGUGCCAUUAAUGCGCUUAAAGCAACCCUUUAUGUUGUGCUGGCAGUGUCGAUGAAGACGUUGUGAGUGUUUUUGAUUUUAUAUUUUAUACAAUUUUAAAGUCCUGGUAUUUGUUUUUACUUUUUUUUCCACUGUCUGUUGGUUUGGAGUGACGGUUGAUUGACUGAUUAACUGAACAAUUAACAUUUGUUACUUGAGAAGGCCAGUGUAUGAGUAUCUUUCUGGUGCACUGCAAUAAUAAUGCAACACUAGCAAACGCACAGCGUGAGAUACACAUAAGCACCCAGUGUACUAACACAGCUCUAGGCUUCUUGUGUGCAUCCUUACACUCAGUUGUUAGGAAGUUGCAUAAACAGGCUGGUUCCUGUGAAGAAAGUUGACAUUUUAAAAACAACAAUAUUAAAAAAAAAGUACCUUAUUUAACCCCCCUUUUUUUAAGAGAAAACAGUCUGAGGAAGUUUAGUUUUUAUUUUUGCAUCACUAACUCUUCUUAUCGAAGCCUUAUGAAUGGCUUUACUAAUCUGACCCUUUUUCUGCUUCACACUUUUACUUGAGGAUUUUUAUUGAUCACCCCCCCAACACUUAAAUCAACGGAGCACUCCCUUAGUGUUGUAUGUGUAGAUAGGUAAAAGUUUUCUUGAUAUCAAGCAAUUUUUAUGUUUCUCUAUGGAGGAAAGCCAACUAUGUCUCAAUCCACAGCUAAUGUACGAAGGAACGUGUAAGAUCAGUGACCUUACUGAUGUGUACAUAGAUGCUUGCAGGGUUCGGUUGCAAAUGACCGGGUCAUGGGCAACAGAUUAGGUCAAAGUGGGAACUAGGAGGAGGGUGACAUUUUAACACAUUCUCACUACCGAUUCGUCACAAUCAGAUUAGUUAGGAGUCCUUGACGUCAUUUUAAACUCACAGGGUACCCCGUUAGCAUCAUUUUUAGACGUGCACGGCUGCUGGAGGAAUUUAGGUGACAUGUUAUGAAGAGUGUAAGUCCAUAGAGGUUAAAGGUCAGGGGGAUGGAUGGAAAAAAGCAAAAAAAAGUCUUCUUGUGAAGGGAUUCCUUUUCUUUAAAGAAUCCUUUGCUGCGUGAUUUGUAGUAUAUUCUAUGAAAUGUCACAUGUUACUAUUGCUGCUUUCAACAACACACACAACACACCAAUGUUAUGCAUCACUAUCAUUGUUUUCAACAUCGUAAUUGCUGCUUAAGCAUCAUGGUCACUGUUUAAACAUCAGGAUCCUUGUUAAACACCCUUUUAAUGCUGGAAAAACGGUUAGGUUUAGAUACCAAAUCACUUGCUUAAGGUUAGAAAGAAAAGACCAGGGUUAGGCUUAAACAACAGGACACGGACACUGAUCUCCUGGUUUAAAGUCCAGGGUUCAUUUGGGCCGUCCAACUCGCCAAUAGGCAACCUAUUUGGCUUUUAACAUCACAUAACUUCGUCAGAGGACAAAUUUCCAGUGCAUUACUCUCCGUAGGAAAUCAUACAAACUGAUCAUAAGAAGCCUGAACAAAGAGGAGACUGUUGUCAGAGUCCCAUGUGAAACCUUCAAAAACUUGCUUUUUUUAAACCCAAACCACAAUCUUUCAUUAACCUUAAGCAAAUAGUUUUGUGUGAAUUCACCAAGUAAACCACGUGUUGAAGUUAACUCUAAAGGGGUACCCUCUGCGUUAAAAAGUGCCACCAAGGACUCCUUACUAAGCGUCCAUGUGUGACGAGUCAGGACUGUGUUUGCCCCUUCAGAAAAUUGGCCUGGGGUCAGUUGAGACACUUAUCCCAGUGAUUAUUCAGAGCUAUGAUCUUCAAAGUGCAAAUGGCCCAAGAUUAGUAUAAAGGGAAGUGUUUACUCCAGAAAACCACAUCAUUGUAGACUGAUUGCUGGAAACUACAAGGCCCUAUUUACACCCUCCAGUGUACCGAGGAGUGUAUGACCCAGCAACUUUCCCUGGCCUGGAAUAAUGCUGAUCUAUGACCAAAUAUUUCUAAAAGAGUUCAGCUGUGGCGCCUCUCACCUUGAGUACUGCCGUGUCCACACAGAAUGUAAACAAGAAAAUCUCGGUCUGUCGAGGUCAGAAGGUCAAAUGUCCACUUCCUGUGUAGACGAGUAAAUUUAGCUGUGGGUGCAUUUAAGAUUCUGUAACAUCAAGUGUUUGAUGUCAGUGGGGUUUGAACAUUUUGAAGAAUGGACUGGGUUUGACUGUGAAGGCUGCUGUGGACAGUGAGGUUCUUUGGUGUGUGCCUUUUUUGUCUUUCACCCUUGUUAUAAUACACUGCUAUUAGAUGCAAAUUGACUCUCUUCUCAACUUCUCAACCUUUUGAACUUUGUAAGCUUGUAAGAUAUUGUGACGUCACAAAGUUUUUUGCCCUACUCUCUCCACUUCCUUAACAUCUGAUUCACAGCUUAAUGUAUGUUGUAAAGAAAAAAAAACUCUUUAAUUUAAUGCAAAAUGUAAUAAAAAAUUAAAAAAAGAAAAUAAAUUCUUGUCAUGAAGACUGUGAUAUGUC